UGAAUUAGCUCCACCCCAUUUAAAAAUACUUAUCUCUCAGGGAAAGGCAUUCCUAAGAAGAACAGCGCCUGGAAGCCCAGAGGGAUACCAGAUGAAGGCAGAGCCAGGAUCAUGGCCUCCAUCAAUGAGCUUCCCGAGAAUGUGCUCCUGGAGCUGUUCUCCCUGGUGCCAGCCCGGGAGCUCAUCAGGCACUGCCGGCCGGUCUGCAGCCUGUGGAGGGACCUCAUUGACUUGGUGUCCCUAUGGAAACGCAAGUGCCAGCAAGAGGGCUUCAUCUCUAAGAACUGGGACCAGCCUGUAGACGACUGGAAAGUCUUCUACUUCCUCUGCAGCCUCCAGAAGAACCUGAUUCGCAACCCCUGUGCUGAAGAGAAGUACAGAUUUUGGAACAUCGAGAAGAACGGAGGAGAUAAAUGGAAAGUAGAAGACAUACCUAGCGCGCAUGGGACAGAGUUUCCAGACCUCAGAGUCAAGAAAUGCUUUGUCACCUCCUAUGACACCUGUGUCAAGUCCCAGUGGGUGAACCUGAAAGCCAAUGGGUAUUGGGAAGAAUUGAUGGAUACAGUGAAGCCAGACAUUAUGAUCAAGGACUGGUUUGCUGCCAGAAAGGAUUGUGGCUGUACCUACCAUAUCCGUGUGAGACUAUUGUCAGCCAACAAGAAGGUCCUGGCUGAGUUUAAGCCAGCCCCUGUGGCUAUGAGCAGGAGUAAGGCAGAAUGGAGAGAGGUCUCCUAUAAAUUCUCCAACUACCCUCCAAGAGUCCGUUUCAUCCAGUUCCAGCAUGGAGGUAAAGAUACUCAGUUCUCUGGCUGGUAUGGCCCAAAGAUCACCAAUAGUAGCAUCACCAUUGGCCCUGAGGUCACUAAGAAACAGCCCUGCAGACCCAGAGGACCCUUUCAGGAGAAAGCUUGACUCUCUUACCACAAAAACUGAGAACAUUGACUAAGGAAUGAUUAAACAAAUUGUGGUUCAUGAAUGCAAUGGCAUAUUAAUAUGUUCAUGAAUGUGACGAAGUCAAAGACAUGGAGGAAUUUACGUGAACUGAUUUGGAGUGACACUUAUUAGAUGUGUGACCCUGGGUAAGUCACUUACCCUUAUUCUAUAAAAUAAACUGGAGAAGGAAAUGGCAACUCUAGUUCUUUACCUGAAAGCCCCAAAAGGGAUCAUAAAAGAGUUGGACAUACUAAAAAACAACUGAAUGGGGGCAGCUGGGUAGCUCAGUGGAUUGAGAGCCAGGCCUACAGAUGGGAGGGUCCAGGUUCAAAUCUGGCCUCUGACCCUUCCCAGCUGUGUGACCCUGAGCAAGUCACUUGACCCCCAUUGCCUAGCCUUUACCACUCUUCUGCCUUGGAGCCAAUAUAAAGUAUUGACUCCAAGACGGAAGGUGAGGGUUAAAAAAAAAAACUGAAUAACUAUGGAUAAGGGAAUAGUUCAUGCCCCAGCAAGGUUAUAGGAGGCAAAAAUUAACAUUUUUAUUACAUUAAAUUAAAAAGGAUUUGCACAAACAAAACCAAUAUAGCCAAAAGCAGGAAACUGGGCAGGAAAUUUGGUAACAAGUUUUGCUGAAAAAGAUCUCAUUUCUCAAAUAUAUAAAGGGAACUGAGCCAAAUCUAUAAACAUUUCCCAAUCAUAAAUGGUCACAGAGGGGGAAGCUGGGUAGCUCAGUAGAUGGAGAAUCAGGGCCUUGAGACAGGAGGUCUUGGGUUCAAAUCUGGUCUCAGACACUUCCUAGCUGUGUGACCUUGGGAAAGUCACGUAACCCUCUUGCCUAGCCCUUACCACUCUUCUAUCUUGGAACCAAUACACAGUAUUGAUUCCAAGAGGAAGGGAGGAUUUUAACAAAUAAAUAAACAAACAAAUGAAUGAAUGAAUGAAUGAAUGAAUAAAUAGUCAAAGAACAUUAAAAAGAUAAUUUUUUAAAAAGGAAAUCAAAGCUAUCAAUAGUCGUACAAAAAUGCUCUAAAUCACUAAUAAUUAGAGAAAUGCAUAUUAAAACUACUUUGAUGAACUUGCCCAAACAUUCUGGAAAACAAUUUGGGACUAUGGCCAAAGGCUAUAAAAGUGUACAUGUCCUUUGACCCAGCAAUGCUACUACAAGGUCUCUCAGCAAAGAAAUCAAAGGAAAAGGAUCCAUAUGUACAAAAAUGGCUAGGGUGGUUCUUUUUUUAAAAAUCCUUGUCUUCUCUCUUAGAAUCAACUGAUCCCAAGGCAGAAGCGUGGUAAGGGCCAGGCAAUGGAGGCUAAGUGAUGCGCCUGCAGUCACACAGCUAGGAAGUGUCUGAGGCCAUCAAUAAUCACUUUUCAAAAAGCCCACCCAGAGCUGGUUUGGGAGAGGAGGAGAGAGUGAGGUCAGGGAAUGAAUGGUCCCCAGCCUUCCAGCCAUUUCUGUGUCUCCAGCUUUCUUGCUCCAGUCUAUAGAUGAGUUUCCUGUUCUUGGUUAUUCGAUAUAUAGAAUACAACCAUUUCAUUGAAAUAAAAACAUAAUACUACUUGCCUGUAAACACUGGUACGCCAACAAGCCCAAGGGCACCAGAAAAAGGAAGGCUUGGUUUCCUCUAAUCACCUCCUCCACUAAAAUUCUUUCUGGAGGCCAAGAUCCAACUGUUGGGAUAAGGACUAGGUGGGUGUAGGCUUGCCAGGAUGCUGCCAAGGUCUCACACGUUUUUAAAAUGUCUAAGGUUGAACACACAGUUCAGAUGAAAUCAAAGCUAUCUAUAUUCAUAUGAGAAAAACACCAUUGAUUAGAAAAAAUGCAAAUUAAAACAAUUCUGGUUUUAACUUAAUUAAUUAAUAAAUGUUUUAUUUAUUAUCGA